AUGAGCUCGCGCACUGCAGCCUUGUGCUUGUCCCUGCUCUGCUUCCAUGGUGGCCUGUGCGCGCCCCUGAACCUGACCAUCCUGCACCUCAAUGACCACCACAGCCACCUUGAGGAGAGCACGUUUGACCUGAAUCUCAGCUCCCUGAGCGGCAUCUCCAGCCCGACCAUUGGCGAGAAGGCCGUACGAUACGGUGGCUUCCCGAUGCUGACCUCGCUGGCGCGCGAGCUGAGCAGCGCCUCGGAUGCCAACGUGCUCAAGAUCCACGCUGGGGACGCCAUCACCGGGACCGCAUACUACAGCGUGUUCAAGGGCGAGGCCGACGCGACGAUGAUGAACAUCCUCUGCCCCGACACCUUCACGCUCGGCAACCACGAGUUCGACGACGGGGACGCCGUGCUCGCCGACUUCCUGGACCGCCUGCACUCGAACGAGACGGCGUGCAACACGUCGGUGGUGAGCGCCAACCUGGUCCCCGGGCCGACGUCUCCGUUGCAGGGCAAGGUUGCGAAGUACGCAGUCAAGUCCUUCGGGGGCGAGUACGUGGCCGUUGUAGGCAUCACUACGAAGACCAAGACCAUGCUGUCCUCCAACCCAGACGCCGGCACUACCCUGGACGACGAGACGGCGGCGGCGCAGGCGGCCAUCGACGAGCUGAAGGCCAUGGGCCACGACAAGAUCGUGCUGGCGACGCACAUCGGUUACGGCCAGGACUUGGAGCUGGCACGCGCGCUGAGUGGCGUGGACGUGGUGAUCGGCGGGGACUCGCACACGCUCAUGGGCAGCAGCGUGGGCGUGGGCAUGGUCAACGCUCCGCACGAGCUGAGCUACCCGAAGAUGCACACUGACAAGGACGACUCGCCCGUCUGUGUUGUGCAGGCCUGGGAGUACUCGCACCUGCUCGGCAUGCUGCACGUGCGCUUCGACGACAGCGGCGUGGUCUCCAGCUGCGAGGGCGCGCCAAUGGUGCCCUUCGCUGCGCCGUCCGAGCUAGACACGGCCGACAAGGCCGUGGUGGAGGGCUUCCUGCAGGCGACGGGCGAGUUCCACGCAGUGCAGCCGGACAGCGUCACGCAGACUGCGCUGGACCAGUUCGAGUCCCAGGUCGACGAGUUGAAGAAGACAAUCGUGGGCUCGGCCCUCAGCACGCUCUGCCUGGAGCGGAUCCCAGGGCAGGGCCGCAGCACCUUGUGCGACCCGUCGGAGACGUGGGAGCACGGCAGCCAGGUCGGCCAGGUGGUCGCCCAUUCCUUCCUGACGAAUGCGCCCACUGCAGACUUUGCCAUCCAGAACGCUGGAGGCGUCCGCGAGGAUCUCGCGCAGGGCAACGUGUCGAUGGACGACUGCUUCACGCUCCUGCCGUUCAGCAACACCCUCGUGAUCGCGCAGAUGACCGGGGCGCAGAUCCAGGACACCAUCGAGGACGGGCUGGCCUUCUUCCUGGACGGCGACGGGUCGAGCGGGUCUUACCCCAUCGCCUCUGGGCUGCGCUGGCACGUCGACGCAAGCCAGGCGAGGGGGAGCCGCGUGACGAUGCUGCAGGCGAACUCCAGGAUGACCGCGAGUUGGGCCGACAUCUCUCUUACCACCACGUACAGCGUGGUCACCAACAGCUUCAUCGCUGGGGGCAAGGACGGCUACACAACCUUUGGAACCGUGACUUUCGAGGACACGUUCACCGAGUACGCUCAGGCGCUGAUCAAUCACUUUGGAGAGUUUGGCGUCGUCGAUGAGCCAAACAAGACAGACUACAGCACGCAGGUGUAUGUCGACGUCGACGGCUGCAACCACUCCGCCACUGCCUACGGCCAGUGCACCACUGAGGCUCCCACGCCAGCUCCUACAGCGACAGAAGUC